GAUGUCCAUGGAUAAUGUGCUUAGUAUAAAUAUCUUCGAUAAAAAUGCAUACUCUGAAAAGCCCUCAUUCGAUUUUACACCCGUCGGGUCAGCAAACUUUACUACAGAUGAUCAUGAAUCAUUUGAUCCAGAGAUAAGUAUUGAUAGAGUUCCUCCAAAGGAAUGGGAGGUGGAUGUUAAAGGGUUAGUAUCUACAAGAAAAUGGCUCUCCAAUUAUGGUCUAAAAAGAAAUCGUUUGGAUAUGCAUCACCUUUUACCUUUGAUUGGCUUUCGACAUAGCGACGAUUUUGAUGCUUCCAUGCGCAAGCCCAUAUGUUCAAGAUAUGGUACAAAUCUCUUUCAGAGGUUUUUUAGAAACGAUGGUCGAACAUUUAAUAUCUCAUGUGGAAAAGAGAAAUUGAAUGCAAUAGAAACAAGAUUAUGCCAAGCCAUCAAUUUGUAUAAACGCCGUCUUGAAUGGUUGACAUGUGAAAGUCGUAGAGUAUUUGGUGUAAUACUUGAGAAAUCAAUAUGCAUCGUAUUAGACAUUAAAAAUGCCACCCCACAGCAAUUUGAUCAGUAUCGUUCAGCCAUAGAACGAGUAAUUAGAGAGCAAAUUGUACAUGCAACAAAAUUUAAUAUUAUUCGGGUAGCUGAAGAUAUAGAUGUUUUUAGCAAAGAAUGUCUUCCAGUCACCUCUGAAUGUGUACAAAGAGCCAUUAAAUGGAUUUGGAGUUUAGAUAGAUCGUCUCCUAUUUCUGCUACAGCUACGGCUGAGGCUGUUCAAAGAGCAGUCUCAGAUCAAAAUGCUGAAGCUGUCUAUUUAUUUACGGAAGGGAGCUCUGUUGAAAGUUCAAUGCAUCUUCUAAAAGAAAAGUUGACUGGAGUUCGAAUACCUGUUCAUGUUGUCUCAUACAACUGUACAGAUCGUAUCAUCAUCAAAUAUCUUAGAGAGUUGGUUCGUUUCACAGGCGGAAGAUUUCACGCUUACGGUGUUGUAAUGGAAAUGGAUGCUUAUGACGAAAAAGCAGGUGACUCCCAAGGAAUGCAAUCAAAUGUUAUGCUAAGAAAGAAAACUUAUGGAGGCGUUCCACCAGAAGCCGGUGUUCGAGAAGAUGUUAUGGAGUUGUUUGAAGAACUGGAAGAAGCCAGAAACAAUCUAGCUCAAAUUCAAGGACUCAUUGAGGACUUUCCAUUAACGCAAAGAUCAUCAAAUAGGGAUAAUAAAAAUAGAAAUAAAACGAACUUUCAAUCUACUAGCAUGGGAAAUUCUAAAAAUGAACAAUAUAUGAGUUCUCGUGAAUGGCUUGAGGUUUACGGUCUGAAGGCUAGAAAGUUAAGUUUUUUUGAUGUAUUAUCUGGAGUUGCUUUUAAGCAUCGAGAUGGUGUUGUUGAUGUUAAAGAAGCGCCGAAAACUGAAUUCCAAACUGAUGCGAUUUCUCGUCAGAAACUUAUUAAUGCUAAAUAUUGUAACAAGUUUCCUCAUGUCAGAUGGAAGGACGGACAAAUCGUUCAUGUUCAAGUGACUCCAGAAGUUCAUAGAAACUAUGAGAGUGGAAUGAAAACUGCAUUGGAAUCAAUCCAGCAAAGAAUUGACUGGCUACAACAAGGGAGUAGAGAACUGUUUGGUACAGUGAUAGAAGAUCAAAUUUAUUUUCUAAUUGAUACGUCAGCGUCAAUGGCCCCACAUAUUCAAUUUGUUAAAGACAAAUUAUUUGUUCUUAUGCAAGAGCAAUUGCGACACAAGCAGAAAUUUAAUUUGGUAGGCUUUGAUUCCAAGUGUUCACCUUGGAAAGACAGAAUGGUUGAUGUCAAUGAAAAGAAUCUGCAAAAUGCAUGGGAGUGGAUAAAGGGUCUGGAAUGCAGAGGCUCUACGAACACCUUGGCUGCUAUUAAGACAGCAGUCAAUGACCCCUCUUCUCAAGCCGUUUAUCUUUUGUCUGAUGGAAGACCCGAUCAACCUACUAAAUCAAUCUUGGCUCAAAUUCAGCUGUGUUCAAAAGUUCCCGUUCACAGCAUAUCUUUUAAUUGUGCUGACAAGGAAGCUAAUCAAUUUUUGUAUGACUUAGCAAGAGCUACUGGUGGAAGAUUUCACUACUACUCAGAAAAUGGUAUUGACAUAGAUGGUCCACAACCUUGGGAGAGUGAAGAUAUUCGAUUACUUCGUCAAGAGUUAGAAGCAGGCUAUAGAAAUUUAGAACAAAUUGCUCUAUUACGUGAUGAGUGCUCUCAAUUGUCAUGGACUGGAAAAGAACAUCAUCACAUUGUUAAAGAUAUUAGGCCACAAAGUGCACCAAUGCACUAUCCAGCACCUCCUACUUGUAAUUCUCCAGGCCGACCAAAAAGCGCUCUUGGUCAGAGAAUGUCUGCCUCUCCACGGUUUAGAAAGGGUUUUGCAGAUGAAAGUUGUAUUGGGGCCACUUUCAUUGAUCUCGUAGGAGAAAAACGUGAAUCCACUAACUUUGCAGGUGUUCAUACCAAAAGUAGUAUUUUGCGAACAAUUAAUGGCUUCAGAGGUCUUGAUAUUUCUCAUUCAUCUCGUCGAAUCUCUGUUGAAAAGAGGCGGAAAUUUACCGAUUCAAGAAGAACUAACAAGAGGAAGUGCAUUGCUUUGUCAUCAAGAAAAUGGCUUUCAAUUCAUGGAUUAAAUGCAAAAAAAUUGAAUUUAAAGCGUGUACUUGGCCCUACAAUGGUUCCUUACAAAGCGAAGUAUAUUCCUAUUUUAGGAAGAAGUGUACACUCUAAAGUAUUUGAUGAUAUAAUGCCCUAUGAAUAUGUGAAGAAAAGUAAUAAAAAGCUAGCCAAUCCAGGAGCUAUUGAUUUAGAGAAAUAUGAAAAUGAUCUAAAGAAUCUUCUGGAAAAGUUGGAAAAGAGGUUAAACUAUAUUCUUUCGAAAUUUUCCCCACCAGAAAUAAAAGAAAGAAUAUCUAAUGGUAAUAUAAAAUACUCUGAAAGUCGGGAUUUAAUCUUUGAGAACCUAGAAACUCAAGAGUCUGCAGAAAGUAAACUAGAAGAUAUUUUACUAUUAGAAAAAGAGAUCAAACGAGUAAAACUUUACUUAAAGCAAAUUUGUGAUGUAAAAAGUUUAUCCGAAAAUGCUGAAAUAAAUUCAAUUCCAUUUGAAGCUAGUGAACGAGAUAAAAUUAACGAUGAUUUAGAAAAGUCGGAAAAAAAGAUUAGAUUCAAGAAAUCAGUUAAAGCAGAUGCUCGUCCUCGAAGUGCGUAUAAUAAAAGAGUUCUGGCUCUGAGUCAGACUGAUUGGUUAUUUUAUCCAGGAAAACUGAUUGAAACACUAAACUCUCAUUUCUGCAUGGUUAAAUUUGACGAUUUCAAAGAGAAGGAAAAGGUUCCAAAGAGAUUUAUAAUUGAAGUUGGAGGGGCUGUUAGCAAUCCUCAAUUAAUGGAGGGCGAUUGUGUAUUGACUCGAGUCUUGAAUUCCGAUUCAGCUCAAAUUUGUUAUGUUCCCGGUGUUGUUACUCACAAAGGAGCUAGAACACCUAAUAUGUUUACCAUACGACUAUUCAAUGGUGAAGUUAUACAUAUAAGAAGAAGUUACGCUAUUAAAAUCAGCGACAUAAGAUAUAAUUUUCUGGAAACCUUACUUUACUCUAUAGAGUUAAAGAAAAAGCCUGCACAGAAUGAAGUGUUUUCUAGUGAAGAAGAAGAGGGAUCAAUCACUUGUCAGGAAGAAGACAAAGUUAACAUAACUUUAGGUAAAGAUAUCGCGAACAAAAAAAAUUGGAGAUCUGAACUGAGGCUAAAGUUCCAUCGUCAAGCUAAGAAACAGAAGAAUUUAGAGAAAGAGCUACGAAUGAUAAUGACUACCCAGAAUGAGCAAAAUGCCAUGGUUGAGAGCCACGAACACCUACUGAAUAUAAUUGGGAACACAAUGACAGCUACUCAAAAACAUCAAAUAAAACCCGGCGAAGAACCGUUUCCUUUACAAAAAAACCAAACGGUUGUAGCAAGAUGGCCCGAUGACGGAUGGUAUUAUAUAGGCUUUGUUCAGGGUAAAUUGAACGAUAACGAAUAUUAUGUGCGAGAUUUCACUAAUGAUAUAGAGAAAAUUACUAGAUCUGAUAUCAUAAGUGAGGAGCAAGACGAAGAUGUUCAAUUGCAAGUGAAAGAUUCAGUCAUAGCAUCUCAUCCAGAACAUGAGAGCAGUUUCGCACCGGGAGCAGUCAUAGAUAUUCCCUCUGAAGAUAAAAUUGCAGUUCGAUUUUAUGAUGGUGAAGAAGCCAUAAUGGAAAGAUAUCAAGUUUACAGGCAAGAAGAAAAUUCUUUAGAGGAUAAACACUAUAUCUCAUUUACAAGAUACAGAAGUAAGUCACUUAGAAAAGGAGACUAUAUUCUAGCUCCAUAUGACGAUCAGGAAUAUAUUUACAAGCCUGCAAGAAUUAUCGCUGUCCAAAAUAAUCAGCUACAAGUUGAAUUUUAUAAUACAAAACGACGAAACGAUAUUGAUGUAAAUGCCUGCUUUUGGAUAACUAGAACAUUUUACAAUGAUCAUUUGAACUUUUAUGAAAAGCUUUGAUAUAUAAUUUUAUUUUAUUACAAUUCCUCAAAAAAACAAGGAAUUACAUUUUACUACCAUUUCUAUUUAUGAGGAGAAAUUUUGAAUGUUGUCUUUUAGAUUGAUAUAUGUUUGCAGCAGAUUCUUUCGUGUAUUUAGUCGUUUCUUGACAUAUCAAUCUAUUGAGCUGAAAAAUCAGUUAAAUUAAUCUGUUUUAACUACAGAUAAUUGUGAAAAUUUUCAUAUGAAGCAUAUUUAUCUUAUAAUAAUAAAAUACAAUUUUUAUGCUCCACACAUUUAUA